AUGCUUGAAACGAAGUCGACUGGGCUGGGGAUUGAAUUGCCUAAACCGCCUAAGCCGCCUGCGCCGGUCGUGGUGAAGACGGACAAGCCGGGCGAGGAGAAGAAGGAGGUUCCCGCGGCGGUAGAUCCCAAGACGAAGGAAAUUCCAGUAUCAGGUACCGACUCGAAAGACGAUACCAAACCUCUUCCCUCCGAUCCGGCCAAACCGACCGAAGAACCCAAACCCGAACCCCUAUCUCCGCUCGAAGCGUCCGUUCCCCUGUGGCUUCCCGAGUACCCGCCGAUCAACUCCAAGUACCUACCUUUACCUUAUCGGGACGUCUGGGACGAGCUUGAGAAGAUCAGGACGAACUGGGAAGAUAUGGCCAACCGACAAGUUUGGCGCAAGUUGGAUGGUCUGAUUAACCCCAGCGGGAAGAAAGACUCAGCAGAGGAGUCUGUACCUGUCGAGGAGAGCGGGAAGGCGGCUGAGCCUGUAGCAGGUAGUCAGGCCAAACCGAGAGGAAAGAAGGAGCGGACGAAUGGGCAAGCGAAGUUGACGGAGCCCGACCAGAGAAUCUUGGAUUCGUGGCAGGUCCGAGCGAACAGUCAGGCUUAUAAGAAGAUGAUGGAACAACGAGAAACGUUACCGAUUGCUUCAUUCAGGGAAGAAAUCGUCAACACGCUCAAAAACAACCAGGUUUUGGUUUUGAGCGGAGAGACCGGUUGCGGGAAGUCCACCCAAUUGCCUUCCUUCAUCCUGGAAGAUCAUCUGUCGCGAGGUCUUCCCUGCAAGAUUUACGUGACAGAGCCAAGACGUAUCUCGGCUAUCUCCCUGGCUGAGCGAGUCUCGAGAGAGCUGGGAGAUAAGGGGGUUGAUGCAGGGGGAGCUGGGGAUGACGGUGGCCUGGUCGGAUACAGCAUCAGGCUGGAAAGCAAGAUGGGGAGGAAUACCCGGUUGGCUUUCGUGACGAACGGUAUCGCUUUGAGGAUGUUGGAAGCUGGAGCCAGCGGAUCAGAGGGACGCGGUUCUACUUUCGACGAAGUGACCCAUAUCAUCGUUGACGAAGUGCACGAGCGGUCUAUAGACUCUGAUUUCCUGCUCAUUGUCUUAAAGUCGCUCAUGGAGCAGAGACCGGAUCUCAAGAUCGUGCUCAUGUCGGCUACUUUAGAGAGCGAGAAGAUCUCGGAAUACUUUGGCGGAUGUCCCGUGCUGAAGGUACCAGGCCGAACUUUCCCGGUUAAAGUGGGCUAUCUUGAGGAUGCUGUCGAGUUUGCCGGCUGGGCUAUCACCGACAAAUCGCCUUAUGCCUUGAAAGGCCGUCAGAAUCGAAAUCAAUUGGAAUGGGCGGAGGAACCAGCUCUUGACGAUGACGACGAGGGAGAGACGCCUGUGCAAGCCGAUCCGAAGCAACUGUCGUCGGCGCUGUACAGCCAGGAUACCGUCAAGACGGUCAAUCUGCUGGAUCCCAAACAGAUCCCGUACGAGCUUGUCAUCCGCCUUCUCGAGGAGCUCUGCCUCGAGCAAAAGUCGCCUUACUCGCAAGCGAUCCUCAUUUUCUUACCGGGUCUCAAUGAGAUCAGAAAGCUGCAUGAUUUGCUACAAGACCACAAAUCGUUCGGUAUGCCUCAAGACUUUAGGGUAUACCCGCUCCAUUCGAGUAUCUCGACGGAGAACCAAGGUGCUGUUUUCGAGAUACCCCCUGAAGGCGUGAGGAAAAUCAUUUCCGCUUCCACAGAGACUGGUGUAACCAUCCCUGACAUCACAUGCGUCAUCGACUCUGGAAAACACCGAGAGAUGCGUUACGACGAGAAGCGCGCGAUCUCGAGAUUGACCGAAACGUACAUAGCUCGCUCGAACGCUUCUCAAAGAAGAGGUCGUGCGGGUCGUGUACAAGAAGGGUUGGCGUUUCAUCUAUUCACCAAAGCCAGGCACGAUACGCAGAUGGCUGGACAUCCACUUCCCGAAAUACUUCGGUUGUCAUUGCAAGACCUUGCCCUGCGCAUCAAAAUUCUCAAGGUAAAGAUCGGCAAUACUAUCGCCGAGGGACUCUCGCGAGCACUUGAUCCUCCUCUUCUGGUGAACAUCACGCGGGCUGUCAACUCGCUUAUUGAAGUGGGAGCGUUGACCUCGACCGAGCAAAUCACACCUAUGGGUCUUUUGCUCAGUAGAUUACCCGUCGACGUUCAUCUUGGGAAAUUCCUCUUGUUCGCUGCACUGUUCAGGUGUCUUGACCCAGCGCUCACAAUAGCUGCCACCCUGAAUUCGAAGUCGCCCUUUAUUACACCCUUUGGACAGGAAUCCGAAGCAGACAGUAUCCGGUCGUCUUUCAAGACAGGCAAUAGCGACUUUCUUACCAUCGUCAACGUGUUCUCCAUCUGGCGACGUAUGGCAUCCACCAACCCCAAUCAGGCAAGGACUUUCUGCCGAAGGAACUUCUUGUCGUACCAGACUUUGCAACAAAUCGAGGAAUUGCGACAACAGCUUUACUCCUACCUGAUCGAUUCACAGUUUGUGCCAUCUACCAAAGCUGACAAGGACGAAAUCAGCCGGGCAAGAUAUCACAAGGGCUUCCGAACGAUGUUCGUUAAUAUUCCAGCAGCGUACAACGAGAACGCGGAGGAUGAGAAGUUGGUAGCCGCAACCCUGGCCGCCGGACUUUACCCCAAGAUCUUGACAACGAAUAACGACACCGGAGGUUUGAAGACGCUUACAGGAGGUCAGGCCAUCAGUAUCCAUCCAAGUUCAGUCAACUUCCGCAUGAAAAUGAGCGAGUUCGAAGCCAAUCACAUCGUCUAUUUCACGAUCAUGCAAUCGAAAAAGUUGUACGCAUGGGAGACUGGCCCGGUCGAAGACAUGGCUCUGUUCCUGCUUUGUGGAGAACAUCUGGAGAUCAAGACCUGGUCGGGCGCGGCCAUCAUCGAUCGAAAGAUCCGAUUCAACGUGUCUGGCGAUCUAUUGUUGCAUCUCAAGCGACUACGAGAGGAAUUUGCGCAAGCGCUCUCACUCAGGAUGAGUGGCAAGCAGUUCAACGAAGAUCAGGCAAAGUGGUUCGAGCUCGGGCUUAAAUGCCUCAUGACGCCCCCAACCCCAAAGGAGGAAACGAUACAACGCAUAGGAGUUCAGAUCAAGUAA